AGUCAACAAUUGGUAUCAGAGCAAGGGCUCCAAUUUGAAGGUUUAACCACCUAGGAAUUGAUCGGGAAUGGCUCAAUUUCUAUCUUCUCAACCACUUGAAGGUUUGUCUACCACUAAGCCUCCUUUCUUUGAUGGUACUAAUUAUAAUUAUUGGAAGAAUAGGAUGAAGGUCUUCAUGUUUGCAAAUGUGCCCAAGGCAUGGGUUGUGACUAUGAAAAGUCCAUAUGUACCCAUGAAAAUUGUUGGAGAAAGAGAGGUGCCAAAGGAGGAGAUAGAUUGGAAUGAUGAAGACUUGGAGAAGAUCAUGAUCAACAACAAAGCAAUCAACAUGCUUCAAUGUGCUCUUAAUCCAACGGAAUUCCAUAGAGUUUUCGGGUGUGAUACGACUAAGGAGAUGUGGGACAUGCUAGAAGUCACUCAUGAAGGAACAAGCCAAGUAAAGGAGUCAAAAAUCAAUAGACUCAUUUACAUGUAUGAGCUUUUCAAGAUGAAACCGGAGGAGAGCAUUCAAGAUAUGUAUACAAGAUUGAAUGACAUAGUCACCAAUCUCAAGGCUCUUGGUAAAGUCUAUUCUCCUCAAGAAGUGGCGAGAAAGGUUCUUAGAAGCUUGCCUAAGAGUUGGGAAGCCAAGAAGACGGCAAUUGAAGAAUCUAAGGAUCUCAACACUCUCAAGCUUGAAGAUCUCAUUGGUAAAUUGAUGACAUAUGAGAUAGAAGUGCAAGGUGAUGGUGGAGUGGAAAUAGUUGAGAAGAAGAAGAAGAAUGUUGCUUUCAAGGCUAGCAACCAAAAGGAAGAGAGUGAAGAUGAUGCUAUGAAGAGAUUCAUGAAGAAGAACAUCAAGAGCAAGUUUGCAAAAAGAGAUGAAGGAGAGCCUACCAAAAGGAGUGUGAAAUGCUAUGAGUGCAACAAGAUGGAGCACUAUAGAAAUGAAUGUCCUAAAUUGAAGAAGGGUGAAAAGAAAAACAAGAAGAGCAUGAAGAAGAAAGCUUUUGCUGCCACUUGGAGCAAUGAUGAAACUAGCUCAACGGAAAGUGAAAGCUCCUUGGAGAAACGUGUUGCAAAUCUUUGCUUCAUGGCUCAAGAGGAUAGCAACAAUGAUGAGGAUAGCAACAAUGAUGAGGAGCAAAAGACUUUUAAGACUACCUUAGUGAGAGCAAGUCAAUCCUAUCAUCCUAAUGUUACUUGCUAUUGUUGUGGUGCAAAUGGACACUUUGCUUUCAUAUGUCCUUUGAAGAGAUUGAUAGCUCAAGGUAAAGUUGAUGGCCAAGUCAUAAGGAAAGCAAAGUAGAUCUUAAAAAGACUUAUGCCUCAACAAGAAUGUUGGAGUGGAAGUGCAAAGGAAAUUUGUUUUUGAAUGCUCCACUCAUGUGCUCAAAUUGGUAUCAUUUAUCCUAUUGCAUUUAUUCAUUAAGUAUAAUGACAUUAGCAUGACUAUUAAUUAUUGGUUUAUGUGUGCUCACUCUUUGAUACAUAUGCUUGUUGAGUAUGAUUCCAUUUGAUGUGUCUUUCCUAGUGCUUGAUAUGAUUCUUGAAAUUAAUGAAUAUGCUUAUUAGAA